GCGUCCUGCUUUCCUUCCCCGAGUCAACUGCACCCAAUCUGCUUGUGCUUUUUGUCUUUCUCUCCCACCAACGCCUGAUUGCAUCACCAAGUACCCCUUGUGCUUGCGGACAUAUCCUGAUCAAGCGAUCCUUAGACUGUGACUCGGUGCUUUCUGACAUUGCUCAGCAAGACUCCAGACCUCGACUCAUCUGCGUUUGACUCUUCGCGUAACAUACCACAAUGGAGGACCCCGAGUUGGCCGCGAUCCGAGCUGCCCGUAUGGGUCAAGGUGCACAGGGCGGUGGAGGUCAGCCGUCGGGCGAUGACCAGGCGAAGCGGGAGGCAGAGGAGCAGAUGCGGCGAGACCUGCUCGCGACGGUCUUGGACCCCGCUGCUCGGGAACGACUCGCGCGGAUCGCACUGGUGAGCCCAGAGAGGGCACAGCAGAUCGAGGCCAUCUUGCUGCGCAUGGUUCAGGCCGGCCAACUGAGGGGGCGCGUGUCUGAGGAGCAACUCAUCGGACUGUUGGACCAAAUAGAUGGCGCACAGUCGAAAUCCGCGCCGAAGAAGGGAGCUAUUGUGUUUCAACGGAGGAAGGGCGGUUUCGACGAGGAUGACGACUUCUGAACUUCGACAAGGCCACCACCUCUGUACUAUCACCCACGCUACCUUGUUCGCUGUCGCCGCGCUAUUCGCAACUCGCCGUUCUUCUCACCCCACCCCGCCAUACCCGGCAAUGUACUCUCCGUGAAGGAGACGAUGUGGGAUCCACUGCGCAGCUGUGUGCUGGGACUGCAUGCGGCACGUCAGCUGAUGUUCC